UUCGUGUUCUAUAGCUUUGAUCUUCAAUUUAGUUUGAAAACUAAUAGGACAGGAGAUUAUUGGAGAGUUUUUGUUCAGGCUUCGAAAUUGUAAAGUACUCAUUUAGUAUUGAAAAAAAUCUGUAAUAACGUUGUAUAGAUUGAAACAGUUCAUAAACAUUCCAAUACCGGUUUCAGCAUUAUGAGUAUUCCGUUCUACAAAAUGAACAGCCGUGAAGAAUAUGAAAUGAAUGAAGAUUGUGGCUGGACUGAAGAGCCACCUAGACUUCCGCGAAGAAAGAUAAGGAAUAACGAAUACAGCAAUGCAUUUGGAAAUUACAAUGGGGGAUAUUGGUCUGACGACCAAGGUCCUGGACCGUUUGAUCAUCCACCAAGACCCCCUCCGAACUUCAUGUUUGGACCAGGACCAGGACCAAUGUUUGGGCCUUUACCCAAUCAAAACCCAUUCGGAAGAGGAUUUGGUCCGGAUGGCCCUGCUAUGCGAAGACCUAACAGAGUGGAGAGAGUUAAAAGAUAUUUAAUGCGUUGUGGACUUACAAAGGACAGUUUGAAAAACAUUCCUAGAGAAAUAUUGCACAAAAUAGAGCCUGAGUACUGUGGUGUUUGUGCUCUUGAAUUGGACUCUUUUGGAAUGUCUCGUUUGCAUUACCUUUCAAAAAAUCAUGCGAAGAAUCUGAGAAAAUGGGUGUCGAAAUCGAAUGAUGGUGGAUCUAAUCAGAAAGAGAUUCCACUUAAAUCACGUGAGUUGUAUUGUGAGUUGUGUGAUGUGCAUAUCACAUCAAAAUCUCAUGCCGACUCGCAUUAUGCUGGAAGACCUCAUCGUGCAGUGGUGGAGGGUCGCAAGAAGCCAAAAAAUACUAUUUUGUGUCAGAAGAGUAUGGAAGGCCGGCUUGAGCAACUUAUCCGUCGCGAGAAGAAGAAUCUGAAACCCAUAGAAGAAAUUCAAGAAAAUGAAGAUGAAAAGGAAGCUAAGCCAAUAUCACCGGAGCUGUAUUGUGAAAUAUGCAAGACUUCCAUGACUUGCUCGGAGCAAAUGACUAUGCAUCUUAAUGGUAAACGCCAUCUUACUAAAGAGAAACAGCACAUCCUGAAAAUGAUGAAAUGUGGAUCCGAAAAUGAAAAAAAACAGAAAGCUCCAGUGAAACAGGAAAAAACUGAAAAGUCUAAUGAUGAAACUGCCGCAGAUUGUAUAAUUGUUGCAAAUAAAGCGAUUGAUGUUGAUACCGCCAUUGAUCUUUUGACUCAAGCCAUUGACGAAGAAGACGUCGCGGAAAUUACUGAUGAAGGUUCAAAAACUGCUGAAGUUUCAAAAACGGCUGAUGACGAAAAUAAUGCGAACAAUGCAAAAGAAGGUGAGGGAGAAGGUGAUCACGGUGAUGCUGGUAAUGCUGAGGAACCGAAGGAGGGCGAAGACGAUUACGAUUGGGGCAACGGAAGCGGCAACUGGGAAGAUGCCCCUGGUGAAGAACUUUGAAAGGGGGUAUGCAACAUGGGAUGCCGUAGGAGCAGAAUGCUACGAGGAUUCUCAUGAGUUAUUUAAGUUUGCAUUACGUGUGAACAAUAUAUAAAUUAAAAUAAA